GCUGAAUUCGGGGACGUCAUCGUCAGGGAGCAGGGUGCGUUGGAACGGCGUCUUGGGCUCUGUGAUCUUCAUUUUGGCGCAUUUUUGGGCUUCCGUGAGCUUCAAAUUUUCCUCAUCCCACUUUAGGCUUCGUUGAGCUUGACGUUUUGUUUCGCCUCCCGCGCCUGCUACUCCCGAACCUUUCACACCACCUGCGUCGUCUUCUGCUUCAUCUGGCUCCAGAGAACGCGAGUGCUUUAAAAUCGACUUCAUUGCUAUGGUAAAAAGUCCACCGACGGAGGAGGCACCACCAAGUUACGACGAGGUGGUGGCAGCCGAGCUCGCUGAGCUGAACAACCGUAAAAACCAGCGGCCGGCGCAACCAUCAGGAGGUGGAGCGACAGCCGCCAGCUCACCCACCUCAGACGUCCCUCCACGUCUCCCUCAUCGUCCUACAGCGGCACCUGGUUACUCUCCGGCGUCGCCGUACACUCCUCCUCAGCCCUACCAGGCCGGAGGAGCCGCAUACCCCGGCUACGGUGCACAGUCCGCGGCGUACGGAGUAUACACCCCCACCUACCCCGCCGGGUAUAACGCGGGACAGCCGAGCUACGUCGGGGUGUACCCCUCGGCAAUUCCGGGCCAGUCCGCGGGAACCCGGGGAGCACCGUUUGCGUAUCCACCGGGCUAUGUGUGCUACAAAUGCCACAACACGGGCGUGAAAUCGAACGGCCAUCCGUGUGGAAUGUGCGCGCGCAUGUUUGCCCGGUCAUUGCCCGUCGUCAACGGUCGCCCGCCUCCGGGCGCACUGGUUGUCCAGCCUGGUGACCCGCGAAUUCCCGGAAAAGUCUGUGGAAACUGCAAGGGACGCGGGUAUGUCGACUAUUUUCUCUUUACAGACACCUGUCCCAUCUGCCGUGGCAUCGGAAAGGUUCAGUAGAACCCUCCAGCAGCCUACAGCAGCCUAGCCGUCUGCCAGUCUAGUUGUUUACUUUUUCGGCUCUUAAACAAAGUUUUGCACGUUCAAUAAUAAUCCACACUGAUUGGCCCAUAUUUCGCAUUCUCCGACACAUGCCAACCUUAAUUAAAACGCGU